AUGGCAACAGAGAAACCUGAAACCAGGGAUCCUGAAAUUCAAGGACCACGGAUGGUGCGGCAUACAGAGAAGGCCAAAAUAUUGUUUGACGAACAAUUUGUUAAUCUUCGGGAUAAAUUUGUGACAUCAUGCAGGGAUAUAGAGGACAUAAUCGAUUCGUUUGAUAGUGAGUGUUUUGAUAGAACAUAUCUUCGUAAGAUGGAAGACAAUAUGAACAGUGCAUUUAAGCGAUUCAUACUUAUGUCACAGAAUUUCAUGAAUUUCCUAGGAAAUGCUAAAACAGAACGAUCUUUCAAGGAAAUGGACGCACAUUUAAGACAGAUAACAAGUAUUCAGAAGCAUCGCAAAGCAAAAAGAAUCCAUGCAGACAAGCAACAUGUACGUCUAAAAUUUCUUGAGGAACAAGCUACCCUAGAAAAACAGAAAGUGUCAGCAGAAAUAGACAUAAAGCUCUCUCGUGAAAAGGAGCCUGCUGCAGUUGCACAAGCUGAGGCAGUUGCAUUUGAGCAGUAUGAAACUGAUAGUGUUUGUGACAGUUUUAGAAUUAAAAAAGAACUUGAUACUGCAUGUAUUAACUUGGAGAAAACUUCCCGAACUGAAGACUAUGUCAAAAGUCAGGCGACAUACGCUAGUGAUUGUGCUUCUCACCCCGACACCAAAGACAUUCCUCGGACUUUAUCUCAUAAAUUUAAUCCUAAUGCUAUUCCAUACGAAGGACCCAUAACACAGAAUCAGCAUUCUGUUAUUCAGGAUAUGAGCAACUAUUUGCUUAAAAAAGACUUAUUAAUGCACAGAUUUAGUGCCUUCGACGAUUCCGCCAUAAAUUUCACAGCUUGGAAAGUAAGUUUCCUUAGUAUUAUUAAAGAACUUAAGGCUACUCCCCUUGAGGAACUUGAUUUACUUACCAAGUGGUUGGGCCAGGAGUCCAAAAAAUUUGCAUUGUCUAUCAGAACAGCGAACGUGUGCGAUCCUCAAAGAGGACUUGAUUUGAGAUGGAACAGAUUAGAGGACAGGUAUGGGAAACCAGAAAUGGUUGAAGCAUCAUUAAAAUCGAGGUUUCAAGAUUUUCCUAAGAUAACGGAAAAUGAGCUCCGUCGGCUCUAUGAUUUGCUGGACAUUUUAUACGAGAUCGAAUCAAACAAGAGUGACACAAGCUAUUCAUUACUACUCGCAUAUUUUGACUCGUCAUCAGGAGUUUUACCUAUCGUUACCAAACUUACGCAUCAACUCCAAGAAAAGUGGGCUUCCAGAGCUUCUCAGUACAAGCGAAUUCAUAAAGUAGCCUUUCCCCCAUUUUCAUUUUUCAUCACCUUCAUUCAGGAAAUGUGUGAUCUUAAAAAUGACCUCGGACUUUCAGUAAAUCAGAAAAUUCAGAACGAGAAGAAGACUACUCGUGUCAUUACUCGUGCUUCACACAUUGAGGAGGAAACUUCACCUCCAAAGGCUCAUGGUAAACGAUGUCCCAUACAUAAAGCCGAUAUUGCUUUAGACGAAUGCAGAGUAUUUCGUGAUAUGACUUUAGAUAAGAAGCGUGAAACUGUCAUGCACUACAACUUGUGUCUUCAAUGUUUCAAGGGUAAACACAAGGCAAAUAAAUGCAAAUCGAACGUGAAAUGUGAAAAAUGUGGCAGUCGUUUUCAUAUGACAAUUAUGCACUACGACAGUGAGCGAAAACCAAAAGUAGAUCAUCAGGAUCAUGGCGGGGAGACUACUCCAAUGGCUAUAAAUCAAACCAUACAAAAUCGUUGCACACAACUUUGUGGAAAAAUCGAAGGAGGAAGAUCCUGUGGAAAAAUACUCCUAGUGAACGUAUAUCCGUCAAAUGAACCUGAAAGGGCUAAAAGAAUGUAUGCUCUUAUUGACGAUCAAAGUAAUAAGACACUUGCAACGCCUAAAUUCUUUGAUUCAUUCGACUUGGAAGGACAAACAUGUAUGUACACACUAUCAUCAUGUAAUGGAACCAUAACCAUUACUGGAAGGACAGCAGAAGGAUUUGUUAUAGAAACUGUAUCGGGAGAUCAAAGACUUAAAUUACCUAAAGUCAUAGAGUGUGACGAAAUUCCAAAUAAUAGGUCGGAGAUACCUACACCUGACAUCGCAGAGGCUUACUCUCACCUUCGAUAUAUUUCAUCACUCAUACCCGAAUUUGACAAUUCUGCGGAAAUUUCAUUGCUGAUAGGAAGAGAUAUGACUCAGGUUCAUCAUGUUUUGUCACAGAGAAUUGGUUCUCCAAACGAACCAUUCGCACAGAGGCUUAUUUUAGGAUGGACAAUUAUUGGCGAAGUGUGUUUGGGAAAAUCUCAUAUUCCAAAGUCGGUCAACGUAAGAAAAACAGUAAUUCACGAUGGCCGUAAUACCAUGUUUGAUCCAUGUGACUCUCAAUUCACCAUUACAGAGAAAACAUCAUUUCAUCAAGAUGUAUUUGCAACGACUCCAUUUGAUGAAACACCAGAACUUUCUACAGACGAUCGAGUCUUUCUUGAUAUCAUGAGCAAGGAACGGCAUGUAGGACCAGAUGGCAAAUGGACCGCCCCUUUGCCAUUUCGACCUGAUAGACCUGCAUUACCUAGCAACCGUGCUCAAGCCUAUCGAAGGGCUGUGAUAUUGGACAAGUCAUUUCAGACCAACCCAUCAAAGAAGGACCAUGCUAUGGAAUUUAUGAACAAUAUAUUUAAGAAGGGACAUGCGGAGAUUGCACCCCCUCUACAACCAGAUGAAGAACAUUGGUUUUUGCCAAUAUUUGGUAUUUAUCACCCGAUGAAACUCGGAAGGAUUCGUAUGGUUUUCGAUUCGUCUGCGAAAUAUCAAGAUUUGUCUUUGAAUACAGUGCUUCUAUCUGGACCAAAUAUGACCAACAGUCUCAUUGGAGUAUUAAUGAGAUUUCGCAUGGAAAGCUUUGCAAUAACUGCAGAUAUUGAACACAUGUUUCAUUGUUUUGCCGUAUCCUCACACCAUCGAAAUUACCUUCGUUUUUUCUGGUACACGGACAAUGACUCAGAUAAACCCCUUACAGAAUACCGAAUGUGUGUCCAUGUAUUUGGCAAUACACCUUCCCCAGCUGUUGCCACCUUUGGCCUUCGACAAGCAGCUAUCACUGCAGGACCGGAAUUUGGAAAGGAUGUUUAUGAAUUCAUACAGAGGAAUUUUUAUGUGGAUGAUGCUCUUGUUUCAUCACCAAGUACACAUGAAGCAGUGGAUUUAUUACAACGUACACAACAAGCACUGAUGACCCAUGGAGGACUUAGAUUGCUCAAAAUUGCAUCACGUAAUCCUACGUUGAUGCAACAUUUUCCUACUAAAGACUUAGCAAGGGAUCUCAUAGAUCUAGAUUUUACCAAGGAGGAGCUACCUGAGCAAAGGAGAUUAGGUCUAGUAUGGGAUCUGCAAACUGACUCAUUCGGAUUCAGAUUGAAUUUGGAAGAAAGGCCAUAUACUCGCAGAGGGGUACUUUCAUGUGUAAACAGUCUUUAUGACCCUCUUGGCUUUAUCGCUCCGAUAACCAUUCAAGGGAAAAUACUCUUAACAGAGAUGAUGCAAUCACCAUGUAUAGAUUGGGAUGCUGACUUACCCGAAGAAUAUCUUUCGACAUGGCUUACAUGGACACACUCGCUGAGCAUUAUUGAAGAUUUGAAGGUUCCCCUGAAAUACUUAUCCAUUGGAUUUUCAGAACUUGGGAACAAACAAGUUUUGAUAUUCUCGGAUGCAUCAGAAUUAGCUAUAUCGGCUGUAGCUUACCUACAUGAUAACAGAGACAGCUCCCUAGGAUUCAUCAUAGGAAAAUCUAAAGUUGCUCCAAGGCUAGCUUCUUCUGUGCCAUGUUUUAAGAUAGUAUUAGGAUACAUCCACAACCACACUAAGAGAUUUCUUACUUAUGUGAGUAACAGGAUUCAGCGCAUCCUCAACUUUACCUCAGCAGAUCAUUGGAACUUCAUUGCAACCAAUCAAAAUCCUGCCGAUCACGGUACUAAGCCUACCUCUGACAGAGCUGUCUACGACUCAUGGAUUUGUGGACCUGUAGAAUGGCUACAAUUUCAGGACAUAAACUCAAUUCAAACUCCAAUGUUUGAACUUGUAGAACCGAACUUGGACAAGGAAAUAAAGAGAAGGAAACGGCGCAGUGAGAAUGACAAACAGUUAGGAGAUACAGAGGAAGACAAGAUACAUGCUCGCAAGGACGCGGAGGAAUUCAUAAUUCGCUUAAUUCAGAGUGAAAAUUUUGGAAAGGAAAGAGCUGCACUUAAAGAUGGCAAAAUACUCCGUAAGGAUAGUUGGAUUUCUAAACUGGAUCCAUUUUUGAACAAUAAGGAUAUAUUGCAAGUUGGUGGCAGACUGCGACAUUCUGAAUUUGACCUGGGUGAAAGAAAUCCAAUUCUUAUGCCUGGAAAACAUCGUGUUUCAAGACUGUUAGUUGUACACCAUCAUGAGGAAACACACCACCAAGGUCGCCAUAUAACCGAAGGUGCCAUAAGAAAUGCGGGAUGGUGGAUUACAGGUGCCAAACGUUUGAUAUCCUCCAUAAUACAUAAGUGUGUGAAGUGUAGAAGAGGACGCGGGAAGUUUCUCAACCAGAAAAUGGCUGAUCUUCCACCUGAGCGUUUGAAAUCAUCGCCUCCUUUUACUUAUGUUGGAAUUGAUUGUUUCGGUCCAUGGAAUGUGACAACGAGAAAAACACGUGGCGGCAGCGCAGACUCCAAGAGAUGGGCUGUGCUCUUUACAUGUUUGUGUUCAAGGGCUGUACAUAUAGAAGUGAUUGAACAAAUGAGUACACCGUCAUUUAUUAAUGCCCUAAGACGUUUCUACGCAACCCGUGGUGCUGUAAAAGAAUUCUACUCAGACAAAGGAACGAACUUCAUUGGAGCUGUCCGUGAACUCGGAAUCUGCUCAAUAAAUGUGGAGGAUCCCCCUAUUCAGAACAUGUUAACAGAAAGAAACACUGUGUGGAAGUUUAACACUCCCUACUCUUCACAUAUGGGAGGAACAUGGGAACGCCUCAUAGGAAUCAGACGUCGCAUUUUAGAUGCCAUACUACUUGAAGUAAAACACACCAAGCUAACACACGAAGUGCUCUGUACAUUUUUUGUCGAGGUUGUUAAUAUUAUCAACAAUAGACCUCUCAUACCGGUGUCUAGUGAUUCCGAUUUACCAUCCGUACUUACUCCGAAUGUUUUGUUAACACAGAAGAUUGGGGACGUGUCCGAUGCCCCUUUGAACCUUAAUGUGCGCGAUUUAUACACUUCCCAAUGGAAGAUUGUCCAAGUCCUUGCUGACAGGUUUUGGGAACGUUGGCGCAAACAGUAUUUACAGUCUCUACAGUCGCGCAACAAAUGGAAGGAGGUCAAACCAAAUAUUCAAGUUGGUGAUGUCGUCAUUCUAAAGGACAAUGAACAGCAUAGAAACCUUUGGCCUCUAAGUCGCGUUACCCGAGUGUUCCCUAGUAGGGAUGACCUAGUUCGCAAAGUGGAAGUUGUCACCUUCGCAGAUGGAAUUAAACAUACUUAUGUCCGACCAAUUACUCAUGUGAUUCCACUACUUUGA